CUUUAUUAUCCCGUUGUGAGAAUGGCUAGGACUGUGGAUCCACACGCCCCCCCUCUAGUCAGUACUUUCCGAGUAGCGCAAGGCUUCUUCGUUGGCAAAUAAACGAAUUAAUGAACUAAUUUCCUAAUAUGACGUGAACUUGAACUAGCAUUGAUCAAGUCCAUGAGCUCAUAAGAAGGAGUUCUUCACGUGAGAAAGUCCACGGCUUAGCUUAAUUCAAUAAAAAAGAAAGUAUCCAAUCGACUUUAGGAGCGCCAUAUGUUUCUAUCUGAAACGGUAAAGCGAGGCUCGCUAUAAGGGUCAUAGCUAGUUCAGGAUUGGUAGGAAAGUAAUACAAAUGAUUGUAAUAUGACAACCCCCAGGGGAGCUAGCCUUUGUGUUAAGAUUAAAAAGAAGAGCCCUCUUUUCAUACGACUCGGUGAUUCCAUUGCUCUAUCCGGCCGCAAGAUUCGAUCGCGUACAGCACGAGCACGAGAUGGGUUGGGGACUUAGAAAUGAGCUAUGCUCCAAGAAUUGACCCCUGAACUACCUUUGCCCGCCUUUUCUUGUAGAAUCCAUUCCCCCUCUUUUAUAUAUUUAGAAUGCUUUUAGGGCUAGUGGAAUGAGGCUGGAACCCAUCAAUAUCGCUAAACCGGGAGAGUUGCUUGUGUUGGGUUCAAAGUUUCGCUCUACCAAGGCAAGAUAUAAUAGAAUAUAAUCUAAUCUAAUAUGCAUCCAGCUUUAGCUGAAUAUCGUGAGUGUUCAGCGAAGUAUGCUAGCCAUUGGCCUUACGUUCAGGAUACUCCUUUCUGUCUUUGCGAUGUUUGGUUAUAAGAGAAUGUUGCUCUUCAGAAAACGCGUAUAGCGGCCUUCGUCGAUGGGACAAACGCUCCAGUGUAUGCGUUACGAGGCAACUAGCAUUUUGUCAUGGAAGUUCGUGAAACAAUGUCAUGUCGCGACUCGACAUGUUAGAAGGAGCUAAAUCAAUAGGUGCCGGUGCUGCUACAAUCGCUUUAGCCGGAGCUUAGCAGAAAGGUGUGAUUCGUGAUCUCGAUCAUUUAAAUGAUCCUAUCCUUAAGAUUGGUUUUGGAAGAUAUGUCAAACAUUCGAGAAUGGCGCUGUUGAUCUAGUUAGGUUUCUAAUUGUUGAGUGUGAAGUUCCGUUCUAAAAAUAUUCGUUUCGUUGGAAAAACCAACGCCGACGUCAAGAUCAGUCUCCUUUCCUUUCUCUUUUCGGGAGCAGAGCUGAAAAAGAUGGACAGUAACGAUCGCGUAAUAUCAAUUUAUCGGCCUCGUCAUCGAAAGCGGCUUCCAAUUGCUCGGAAAUUCUCAGCUAUAUGGGGGACUUUGAUGGUGAGCAAAAAGAAUUGAUCAAGAAAUUGGUAAACUUUCGCAUGAUCGAUGGUAAAAGAACGAGAGUUCGUGCUAUUGUUUAUAAAACUUUUCACCGCCUAGCUCGAACUGAACGCGAUGUAAUAAAACUUAUGGUUGACGCCGUAGAUAAUAUAAAGCCAAUAUGCGAAGUGGUCAAAGUAGGAGUCGCAGGUACUAUUUAUGAUGUUCCUGGGAUUGUAGCCAGGGAUCGUCAACAAACCUUAGCUAUUCGUUGGAUCCUUGGAGCAGCUUUCAAACGACGUAUAAGCUACAGGAUAAGCUUAGAGAAAUGUUCAUUUGCUGAGAUACUGGAUGCUUACCGAAAGAGGGGAAUUUCACGUAAGAGAAGGGAGAAUCUUCAUGGACUGGCUUCCACCAAUCGGAGUUUCGCGCAUUUCAGAUGGUGGUAAAGUGAUACCACAUAAGGAGCUCUUCCUCAUUCAGUCAUACUCAACAAAAGUAAGAAAUGUUUGACCCGGAUCCUUUUUUCAUCUUCAUAUAGAAAGAAAAUCGGCCUUCCUCAUACUCCCCCCUUCAUUCAUAGAGUUGGAGGAAUCCACAAGAGGCCUGCCCGUUCAUAAUUGCAUAAAAGAACCAUUCUUUUUAUGAAAACUCUUGUUCCAACCUCACCUCAGGUCGAAUGAAUACGAAAGGGGGAUCAAUCAAAUCAAUAAGCCAUGAAUGAAGAAGUAGUGGGCCUUUCGCCUUAUUUCGUUUGACUCGUGGAGCUGAGAAAUCUACUUCAAAGAGAGGGAAAGAGUGCUAGUCCGAAAGAACAAGCAAGGGAUGAGCGCACGGGAGCGAAAUCCGUUGCGCCCACGCGCAUACGUUUUCUUGCUGGGUAAUUUCUCAGAAAGUUUUUGUGUUGUUGAUUCCUAUUCCUAGGUGUUGUGCUUUUUCCCCUAUGC